AUGCUUCUACUUUCUGAUCCAUGUCGUGUCAUAGCUCAAUCAACAACACCAGCACCCAGUUUAGCCUUGGCGACAUGCAAUUCACCUCUUUGUAAAUCGUCAUCUUUACCGUGUUCUUCGAAUCUCGAUUGUGAAUGUUUUUCAUUGACCAAUACUGUUAAUACAACUAGCUCAGGCAUUUGUGCUGUUGCUGAUCUUUCCUGCACUUCAAUGGUUCGAUGUAAUUCAGACAAUGUUACAUGUUCGAUCGCACAAACAAUUUGUGUUAACAGUACACGAUGUCAACAACCUGUUUGUUAUCCAAUGGCAUUGGCUAAUAUUCAAAUAUGUCCUCCCUCAGCUCGUCCUACUAGUACAACAACAACUUCUAGAACGAGUUUUACUACAAUACGAACGACAACAAAGACUUCUACAACAACUUCUAGAAGUAAGGAGUUUGGACCUGGUCUUGAGAAGAUAUGCAUAUUCUAUUCCGUUUGAUUAUAGCGAGUUCUACUACAAUACGAACGACAACAAAGACUUCUACAACAACUUCUAGAAGUAAGGAGUUUGGACCUGGUCUUGAGAAGAUAUGCAUAUUCUACAGGGUGUAAAAAAACCAUUACGCCCCCCCUUCCAGACCUAAAGACCAAAUAGUACCCCCAACAAUUUUAUACCAAAUGAAAGCCAGCAAAAAGUUACGUCUAGUGGUAUAGUCAGAACAAAUAUAGUUUGUAAUAUUAUAACGAUUCUAGGCUCAAUACAUCAUUUUCACUUAUGUAUCACAGUCUCAUAUCAAUUGAAAUGAUACAAGUUAUGUUUCUUCACUUUCGAAUUAUGUAUUAAUAGAUCGUAGUUUUCAUGGCUCCAAGCUUUUAUUAAAUGUACGAUAUCGUAGACCAAUAUGUCACGUAUUUUGCCAAAUUU